GUAUUCAGUCACAUUCACGCUGUAUCAUCACUGAAGCUGCAAAUUCUAGACAAAGGCUGUUUACCGAGCUUUUUUUUCUUCUCUCCUUUCUGAAUUUGACAUUUUACUGCUUUGAAUACAAAAUGAAGUCUAUGCUUUCUCUGUGUGCCCUGGCCGUCCUGCUGGUCUGCGUUAACUCAAAGAAAAACCCUCCCAAGGUGCAAGUGUACAGCAGGAACCCCGGGAAGUAUGGGGAGCCCAACAAGCUGAUCUGCCACGUGAGCGAGUUCCACCCUCCAGACAUCUCCAUCUACCUGCUGAAGAACGGGGUGGAGAUGCCGGGGGCUGAGCAGACCGACCUGGCCUUCGAGAAGUCCUGGCAGUUCCACCUGACCAAGUCUGUAGUCUUCACCCCUCAGAAGGGGGAAGAAUACACCUGCCAAGUGAAGCACCACGGCAAGGUGCACGACUACUUAUGGGAGCCGAAGAUGUAAAGCACUUAAGAGAACAGAAGUGGAUCCAGGACCCCUGGACAAGUACCACUUGGUCUUCCACUCUUGCAAGCAACUAUUGGAUUUUUUCUUCAAGAUAAACGCAUUUUAAUCAUUACUCAAACACAAAUCUGUCUCUAGAAUCGAAGUGGACUUUCCGUAAUCUCAUGUUCCUGUCAUUUUCCUCGUUUUAAUUGCCGAAUGCUGUGCUUACUUUAUCUCUUUAAGUCAUAAAAAAAAUGAUAAUUGUAAUAUAACUUGCAUGUUCUGUGCAGCCCUGCUGUGUGAAUAUGGAGGGAUAAUCUUGGAGAUAUACUUGAAUGUAUUUGACCAAACAUCCGAGCACUAAGCAACAGGAAUCGGCUGAAAAAUUUGAAUUAAUCCAAUUGGUAUUGCAAACCAGCAGACGCCCUUCCAUUGAGGAAUGUGUGUGAAAGUCACAUAAAACAAAAAACAUUUAUUUGCACUGAAUAUAUCUUCUGCUCUUGUGCUCUUUUAGCGUAACCAUGUUUCUUCACUGUAAGCGCUCAAUAUUUCUGUAUGUCAAUAUGUCUGUCUGAAUGGCAGCGCUCGCUACAAUGCAAGUUCGGAAAUAUCAAAGUUCAUUUGAACUGCAACCGUAGCUGCGCUCUCCUGUGUGUUUAUCGGGAAUGGGACUCUUCAUCGUUUGAUUACAUUUGAAUUUUAACUGUAAAAAUUUUUUAAAGUUUAAAAGUUUGUUGUCUAUUUGUACUUCAAAAUAAAUACAACAUUUCUUGAA